AUGGCGUGCCGCCUGCGAAAGCACAGUCUGAAGUACUGCUCGUAUCAGGGUGGAACCAUGAUCUUCUACGAGCCAAAGGAGAGCAACGUGGACUUGAAAGUUUUCAGCGAUGCCUUCACGGGCCAUUUUCAAGUGGUCAUGAGCUGCCUCGAGCAGACUGACAAAGAUCUGCAAGUUGCUUGCAAAAUGACCCAAAAUCUUCUUGUGGAACUCAUAGGGGCAGCACAGAUGGUAGCCUCCCAGCUAGCAACGACAGCCUUCAGUGCUCUGGACAAGCUUCCGACGCUGCUUUGGGCGGCGAGGGGUCACGGCAAUGCGGAGGCGCAUGCGUGCACGGAGGAGCUUCACGACAGCCUCUCCGCACUGCGCAGGGACACGCAGUCAGUCCGCACUGACUACAUCGAGCUUCUCAAGCGACUACAGUAUCUCGGACACUGUGCGCAGGUCACGGUGGAUCAGACGGUGGUGCAGUCCAUGGGGGAACCGGUCGAGGAUGCCAAUGGCAACCUGGAGUGCCAAGCACCUGGCCUUGAGCUGGCUGCAGCCCAGCGCGAGUCACAGGGAUACUUGGAACCUUGGCCGCCCAGUGGUACCCUUUUCCUUUCCUUUUCUUGGGUUUAG